AUGAGCCACUGUAUCAAGUCAAGUCAUUCUACAGCUGGAUCCAUCAAGGGCACCAGCCAUAAGAUCACCAGCCCUAUCGCAACUCUCCACCAUAAGGUGCAUCAUGGAGAUUCGCAUAAAAUUUCCCAUCAUGGACCUUCUCAUGGGUCUCUUCAUGGAGGAUUCCAUAAAUUACAUCAUGGAAACUCAAGCUAUUCCCAUCAUGGAGGUCAUUGCAGAACCCCAAGUGUCCAUGGAGGAUCUGGAGGAAAAGGAAUCUCUAUUUCCAAACAUACUUCUAUAGGUCAUGGUUAUAGAUUUGGAAGUGUGCAUGGUCACAGCAACCACUUUGGCAACUUUGGAGGCCACAGUGUCUGGAAAACUGAUAGCUUCUUCAAUGUUAACGAGAAAGAAACCAUGCAACAUCUAAAUGAUCGCCUGGCUUCAUAUCUCGAAAAAGUUCGGUCAUUAGAACAAGAAAAUUCUCAGCUGGAGGGGAAUAUAAGAGAGUGGUAUGACAAGAACCAACCCUGCGCCUUUCCUGAUUUUAGCAGCUACUUUAGAACCAUUCAGGAGCUUCAAGGCCAGAUAUCUUCUGCUACUAUUGAAAAUGCAAGAAUUGUGUUGCAAAUUGACAAUGCCAGGCUGGCUGCAGAUGACUUCAAGAAUAAGUAUGAGAUGGAGUUAAGACUUAAAAACAAUGUAGAGUCUGAUGUUAAUGGCUUGCAGCGUGUCCUUGAAGAGCUAAACAGGGAGGUAUGUGACUUGGAGAGUCAAGUCCAGAGCCUUCAAGAGGAGCUUCUACAGAUGAAGAGGAACCAUGAAGAGGAAGUAAACUCUUUGCGUGCUCAGCUGGGAGCCAGAGUAAAUGUGGAGGUGGAUGCUGCACCAUCAACGGAUCUCAACAGAGUAUUGUCUGACAUUCGUGAGCAAUAUGAAAACUUGAUGGAAAAGAACAUGAGGGAAGCUGAGAGCAUGUUCCUUCAAAGGAUUGAGGAGCUGAACCUUCAGAUGGCAUCUGGCUCUGAACAAUUGCAAUCUGUCCAAACUGAAGUGAUUGAUUUAAGACGCAAUGUCCAGACCCUUGAGAUUGAACUACAAAGCCAACUAAGCAUGAAAUCAGCUUUGGAAGGUACCUUGGCAGAGACAGAGGCAACUUUUGGCUCCCAGCUUGCUCAGUUGCAAUGCUUGAUCAACAAUGUAGAGUCUGAAUUGUCACAGAUCCGUGCAGACCUAGAACGUCAGAAUCAUGAAUACAAGAUCCUAAUGGAUCAGAAAACACACCUGGAAAUGGAGAUUGCCACGUACAAGCGCUUGCUUGAGGGUCAUGACAUCCAUGUUUCUGGACACCAGCUUUCAAGCACAAAAGAAGUUUCUCAUCAUUCCCUCAAGAUCAUCCACGCUCCCAAACACAGCCAGCACACCAAAUGUUAA